AUGACUUCCAGUAAAAUUGAGAUGCCAGGGGAGGUGAAGGCAGAUCCUGCAGCCCUGAUGGCAUCUCUGCAUCUGCUGCCUUCUCCCACUCUCAACCUUGAAAUCAAAUACACCAAGAUUUUCAUCAAUAAUGAGUGGCAGAAUUCUGAAAGUGGAAGAAUAUUCCCAGUAUAUAAUCCAGCAACAGGAGAACAAAUCUGCGACAUUCAGGAAGCUGACAAGGUUGAUACAGACAAGGCAGUGAGGGCAGCUCGGCUGGCUUUUUCCCUCGGUUCCGUUUGGAGGAGAAUGGACGCCUCAGAAAGAGGCCAUCUUUUGGAUAAGUUAGCAGACUUGGUUGAAAGGGACAGGGCGAUUCUUGCUACUAUGGAAUCACUGAACAGUGGCAAACCGUUCUUGCAAGCUUUCUAUGUAGAUCUCCAGGGAGUCAUAAAAACCUUGAGGUAUUAUGCUGGUUGGGCAGACAAAAUCCAUGGAAUGACCAUUCCUGUAGAUGGAGAUUAUUUUACGUUUACAAGACAUGAACCCAUCGGAGUGUGUGGACAGAUCAUCCCUUGGAACUUCCCCCUGCUGAUGUUUGCAUGGAAGAUUGCUCCAGCUCUGUGCUGUGGCAAUACAGUAGUUAUUAAACCAGCAGAACAAACACCACUCAGUGCUCUCUAUAUGGGUGCCCUCAUCAAAGAGGCUGGUUUUCCACCAGGAGUCGUCAAUAUUUUGCCAGGAUUUGGUCCAAUUGUUGGUGCAGCCAUAGCCUCUCAUGUUGGCAUUGAUAAAAUUGCUUUCACUGGAUCCACUGAGGUUGGGAAGCUGAUCCAAGAAGCAGCUGGAAGGAGUAAUUUGAAGAGAGUUACACUGGAGCUGGGUGGGAAAAGCCCAAACAUUAUUUUCGCAGAUGCUGAUUUGGACUAUGCUGUGGAACAAGCUCACCAAGGAGUGUUCUUCAAUCAAGGUCAAUGCUGCACUGCAGGCUCACGGAUUUAUGUGGAAGAAUCAAUCUAUGAAGAGUUUGUUAGAAGAAGUGUAGAACGUGCAAAGAGGAGAGUUGUGGGGAGUCCUUUUGACCCAACUACAGAGCAAGGUCCACAGAUUGAUAAAAAACAAUACAACAAGAUCUUGGAACUGAUUCAAAGUGGCAUCACUGAAGGAGCAAAACUUGAAUGUGGGGGAAAGGGGCUGGGAAGAAAGGGAUUCUUCAUUGAACCUACAGUGUUUUCCAAUGUAACAGAUGACAUGCGGAUUGCCAAGGAGGAGAUUUUUGGGCCUGUUCAAGAAAUACUGAGAUUUAAAACCAUGGAUGAAGUUAUAGAGAGAGCCAACAAUUCUGAUUUUGGGCUGGUGGCUGCUGUCUUUACCAAUGACAUUAACAAGGCCCUGACAGUCUCUUCAGCAAUGCAGGCUGGGACAGUCUGGAUAAAUUGCUACAAUGCCUUAAAUGCCCAAAGUCCUUUUGGAGGAUUCAAAAUGUCUGGCAACGGGAGAGAGAUGGGUGAAUGUGGAUUGAGAGAAUAUUCUGAAGUUAAAACUGUGACAAUAAAGAUCCCUCAGAAGAACUCCUAA